ACCCAAUCGCCGCGAAUGCCUCGGCCGUUGUCCCGCGGCCCGAGCCUGGGUACACGUGAAUCCGCGGAGGCUUUGCUGUCCAUAAAAAAUGGUGGCUAUCCAGCUGUCGAUGAGAUCAAGACCGAGAUAAUGGACGAGGAUAUGAUGGACAUGGAUGAGCAGCACAAUUCAAAUCAGUCGAUGGAUCAGCAAAUGGACACGGAGGAGUCGGAGCCGAUUCCGGAGCUGGGACCUGCGGCUCUGGGGCUGCAGAGGGUAGGCGCUCAACCGCCCUCCAAACCAAAUCCCCCGACCCAGCCGGUGCAGGUGCUGAAUCGCAGAGGCAUGCCAGCGAGAAUCAGGAAAAAGAACAAGCUAUUCUACGACGACGUCUUGAUCAAUCAUCCGCACCACAGAAUCAAGAAGGACCCUUCGGCGGUAGACGCGAAGCAAUCGCCGAAAAAGAUGAUGCGGCCGUCGCCGGUGAAGAGGCAGGCUAAGAUAGCGACCACGCCGAAGAGUACAAGUUCAUCUUCGCAACCGGUAACCCCUGUGACGACUCCGGUCAAGCAGGAGAAGGAGCCCGACAAGCUGUCGCAACUUGCAUCGCCUGAUCGUAAGAUAGGGCAGAAAAUUGGCAUGAGACUGAGAAACUUGUUGAAGCUACCGAAGGCGCAUAAGUGGGUCUGUUACGAGUGGUUUUACAGCAAUAUUGACAAGAUAUUGUUCGAGGGCGACAACGACUUCAUGAUUUGCUUGAAAGAAUCGUUUCCGCAAUUGAAGACUCGCAAACUCACGCGCGUGGAGUGGUGCAAGAUCAGACGGAUGAUGGGCAAGCCGCGAAGAUGCUCGCAGUCGUUCUUCGAGGAGGAGAGACGCGAGCUGGAAAGGAAGAGGCAGAAAAUACGGAUGCUGCAGCAGAGGAAGACUGCGGAUAUAACGAGUUGCAAGGACCUGCCACCUGAGAUACCGCUGCAAUUGGUGAUCGGCACGAAAGUGACGGCGAGGUUGAGGAAACCGCAGGAUGGCUUAUUCACCGGGAGCAUCGACGCCGUUGACACCAGUAAUAAUACUUACAGAAUUACGUUUGAGAGAGCCGGACUUGGGACGCACAGUGUCCCCGAUUAUGAAGUUCUGUCCAACGAAUCACCGGAAACGAUCAGCCUGGCGUCGUUCUCUCAAAAGUUCAGACCGCGGCCUUUGCAAUACGUACCUUCCUCAUCAUACAUGAUGAAAUUGUCCCCGCGAUUGACCAACGAUCCUUUGAUAUCCAAUGCCUCUGUGUCCAUUCCAAAAAAGACGAAUACUGGUGGUACAGUAAACGGUUUUCCACUCAAGUUACUCGAACUUAUGGUCAAAGUGAAUAAGAUAUUAACAACUAAGAAGAAUAAAAUAAAGAAAUUGAAGGAGAUGAACGGGGAAGCUGAGAAGAGACGCUCCUUAGGUGAAUCGCUUCCUUCCGAUUUCGAAAAAAAAUACGCAGGAAUCAUUGUCGAAUUGGAGAGAAUGAAUGGAGCUCUCCAAGAUUUUUUGAACGAAAUACAAGAAUUGUGUCAGGAAAUGGCACCCGAACCGAGCGUGGCGGCGAUGUUAGCUCCGUCGCAUCUUCGAGAGAAGUGCAAGCAAGAAGCGGCAGAUAUGGUCGCUAAAAAUAACGUAAUAAACGAUAAAGCACCAGGAAAAAUGAAUCAAUUGGUAACAGAUUUGACUGCGCUGAUGUUACAAGUGAAAAGCUUAUCGGACUCCGAUCAAAACGCAUACGAGCUCAAGGUAUUGCAAGGUACUAUGGAACAGAUCAGAUCGAAACUCAGUCCGCAAAAUCAACAAGUGUUUCAAAACUGUGUAGAAAUUCAUAUGCAGCACAUCCAAGUAGGACUAGGACAGAUGAGUUCCCUAACGCCAUUUAUGGUGCAAAGAGUUUGAAGAUAAAGCAAAAACUAUCUCAUGAAGUGUACAGUAUAACAGACGAUCACGGCAUCACGAAUAUUUUUUAGAAAGCAAGAAACUAACUCUGUAUUUUCUCAACUCUUAUAUAGAUCAUAUUAAUAAUAUAUUGCCACGUAAAGUACAUGUCUACACAAUAUACACAUAUGAUUUAAGCAAGUAUAUAGUUUUGUAUAUACAGAAUAUACAUAUUUGUUCUUAAAUUUCUUUAAUAACUUGUGAAGCAUGUAGAAGAGUUCGUGUACUGUUGGCUAAUAUUACUGGAAGAUAUUAAAUCUUCUACCGGAGAGCUAUCUAAGAAUGUUCGUUUUUCAUAUUUUUAUGUACUGUAUGUAUCAUUCAAUUCAUUUAGACAUAAACAUAUAUAAACGGCAAUUUACUGUCAAGAUAAUUGCAAUAUUGCUAUGUGCGCGAAUAAUAAAAUUAAAUUCCUUUAAACUCUAAAAAAAUGUUCAAACUUGUAUAUAUACUAUCGGUUUAUAUAGAUAAUUCUAUACUUUGUUAUAAGAGAGAGGCUCUUCUUAGUGCAAACGUAAAUUAGAAGCUUCAACUAAGUAUAAGAUAUCUGUUGUUAAGAAUAAAGUGUCUUUUAUCUACUUGCAUAUAAA